GCAGCACAUGUCUUCGAAACAGAGCGAGGCUCACACUCUGCUGGUUUGUCUAAUCUUAUUUGGUUAUUUUGUGUGGCAAAAUGUAUUUUUCAUAAAAUUUAAAGUUAACAACAUGGCAAUGCAUGCUGAACUGGCCCAUCACUGAUAUCUGAAACGUCUGUCGACAGAAAAGUAAAUAUGGGGAACUGCGGCUCCUUUGAUCCUGAUGAUGAAUUCUCAUACCAUCCAGACGAAUGGUGCGAUGAGUGUAACUGCCCAAAGCCUCCACCCAAUCAGUCAUUUGAUCCUCUGAUUUCAUAUCCAUCCCAGUACACACCUCCACCAUCAUCUCCUCUUCCAGAGAACCUGGUGGUAGGCAUAUACAAAUAUGAGCCAAGUCACAGUGAUGACCUUGGCUUUGCGAAGGGGGAGAAGAUGAAAAUCCUAAAUGCGGAUGACCCUGAAUGGUACAUGGCAGAGUCUCUGUCUACCGGGCAGAGGGGAUAUAUACCACAAAAUUUUGUAGCGAAACUGAACAGCAUGGAGACAGAACCGUGGUUCUUUAAAAAUCUCUCAAGGAACGAUGCCAUGAGGCAAUUACUGGCACCUGGUAACACACAGGGCUCCUUCCUCAUCAGAGAGAGUGAGACCACACCAGGUAGUUUCUCCCUGUCCGUGAGGGACCUGGAUCACACGCAGGGUGACAUCAUCAAGCACUACAGAAUCCGUAACCUGGAUGCAGGAGGAUUCUACAUCACCACCAAGAUCUCCUUUAACUCUCUUUCAGAGCUGGUCAAACAUUAUUCACGAGAGGCUGAUGGACUCUGCACUCGUUUGGUGAAGCCGUCUCAGACACGAACACCUCAGAAGCCCUGGUGGCAGGAUGAGUGGGAAGUGCCCCGUGAAUCUCUCAUACUAGAGCGCAGACUGGGCCAGGGGCAGUUUGGAGAAGUGUGGAUGGGGUUGUAUAAUAACAACCGUCGGGUAGCUAUCAAGAGUCUGAAGGCUGGUACAAUGUCCAUCAGUGCAUUCCUGGCUGAGGCAAACCUGAUGAAGACCCUGCAGCACCCUCGACUGGUGCGGCUCUUUGCUGUAGUCACACAGGAGCCCAUUUACAUCAUUACAGAGUAUAUGGAGAACGGCUGCCUGGUAGAUUUUCUGAAGACUCCAGAAGGAUGCAAUUUAACCAUCAAUAUGCUGAUCGAUAUGUCCGCCCAGGUCGCAGAGGGAAUGGCUUUCAUAGAGCAGAAGAACUACAUCCAUCGAGACUUGAGAGCUGCUAACAUUUUGGUGUCUGAUGAGCUCAUUUGCAAGAUUGCUGACUUCGGCCUCGCCCGCGUCAUUGAAAAUAACGAAUAUACAGCCAGAGAAGGAGCGAAGUUUCCAAUCAAAUGGACGGCACCCGAGGCUAUAAACUACGGUACAUUUUCGAUCAAAUCAGACGUCUGGUCGUUUGGAGUGCUGUUGACAGAAAUUGUUACCUAUGGAAGAAUCCCAUAUCCAGGAAUGACAAACCCAGAGGUGAUUGCAAACCUUGAGCAAGGGUACCGUAUGCCUUGCCCUGAUAACUGCCCUGAGGCUCUCUAUAACAUCAUGAAACAUUGCUGGACAGAGAACCCAGAUAACAGACCGACCUUUGAAUACCUGCGCAGUGUACUGGAGGACUUUUUCACUGCCACAGAGAGACAGUAUCAGGAGCAGCCCUGCUGAAUUGAUUUAUCUAACAAACAGUAGAAUGAGUAAAUGAUCAGUCCACAGAGUCACAUAAAGACACGAUAAUUCUUUAAAAACUAUUUAAAAUACAGUUAAAAGAAGAAAACUAAUGUUCUUUAAUCAUAAAUACAGGUUAUGCCAUACUGAGAAUAUGCCUUGACUAAAUGAAAAGAUAACCAUUUCUGAUGAACAACUGUUUUAACAUUGAUUUCGAAUCUGUGCUAUAUGUAAACAAAAGGUGCAUGUAUAUUUUUUUUUAGAAUUUUGGCAGUUUAAGCUGUUUUGAGUGAUCUGCUAUUGAAGGAGAGAAGGACUUGAUUGGAGUCUACUUUUAGCUUCUAAUUUUGCUUUCUCAGAUUUGUCAUGUAAAAUUCAAAUUUGCAUUUUUAUAAAAGCACAUAUAUUAUUAAAAGCAUCUUAUCCUCACUGAGCCAGUAAAACAGUCCAAAAAAUAAAUGGGUCU